AUGGCACCAGAACCAGAAACAUCGGUCUCAGCUUCCUGCAAAGUCGUGCUUGCGGCGAACGUUGCGCGGGGGCUUUUGGCGGAGGUCAAUGAGGGGCGUCAGACUCUGAGUACGGCGCCGCACCUUGUGGGAUUUUUGGCCAAUUCAGACCCGGCUGCAAAGAUGUAUGCGGAUUGGACCGAGAAGACUUGUAAAGACAACAACUUCCGCUACACCCUCCGCACCGUCUCGCGCGAUGAUAUCGAAGAUGCCAUCCUCGUCGCAAACUCAGACCCAGACGUCGACGGCAUAAUUGUCUACUAUCCCAUUUUCAACAACAGACAAGACCAGUAUCUCCAGCAAAUCGUCGAUAUCUCCAAGGACGUUGAGGGCCUCAGCCACCGCUACAUCUUCAACAUGUACCAAAACAUCCGCUUCCUCGACCCCCCCGAGAACAAGCAGAAAUCCAUCUUGCCCUGCACGCCACUCGCCGUCAUCAAGAUCCUCGAGUACCUACAAAUCUACAACACUAUCCUUCCCUACGGGAACAGGCUGUUUGGACAUACGAUAUGUGUGGUCAAUCGGUCUGAGGUUGUAGGAAGGCCUCUGGCGGCGUUGCUGGCGAAUGACGGCGCAUGUGUGUAUAGUGUGGAUGUCACGGGUGUACAACAGUUUACGCGUGGGGAGGGAAUUCGGAAGAGACAUCAUGAGGUUAUGGAUAUGGAGGGGAAUUUCGGACCAGAGGUGAAAGAGAAAGCAUCCAUAUAUGUCCCGGCCAUUGGCAAGGUUACAAUCGUUGUGUUGCUAAGAAACUUACUGAGGAUUGUCCAGAACCGCAGCCGUAAUCGGGUCCAACCUGCAGAUGCAGUUGAGAAGCCAGGCACUCUGGAGAGUGUCGUCACUCAGGCAGAGUAA